AUGGAAAAUUCAAUCGAUGAGCUCAAGAAUAUGAUGGUUUUCAAUGCCAGAGGAUCCAAUGGAGUGAACGAAGCACAAGCAAGCUCGACAUCACCGAUGUCAACACUUGGGUCAAUGUCUCAAGAUACAGGCCAUCCUCCAACUGUUAGCAAUUCCAGGGACCUCACUGAGAGUGCCGUCCUGUCAUCUGGCCACCUUUCUUCCGCAGAGUCGCUACUGAAGUGGCCUAUCUUUCUGGACCAACCGUCAAUCCGAGAGGAGGUUAAUAAAUCAUUGUUGGCGUUGGAGUAUAGCCGGUCGCAGUUCCAGAAUGCACGCUAUGCCGUCUUUCCCAGCAUGAGCAUGUCCGAAGUCAAAGCGAUAGUGAGCAUAUUUCAACAAACAUACAACUUUUGGUUUCCGACGAUGAGCUUGGAUAACCUCAAGUCUAUCCAAUUGAGAAUAUCACAUGAAGACUUGGAGCCUAGUUCCCAAUCGUGCCUAUCAUUACUGGUAAUGGCCUUGGGAUGCAUCGGGGCUUCAGUGAUAGACGAAGACAUUUCAGUUGACGAGUCUCAGAAGCUCAAACAACGAGGCUCGGCAUGGUUCAAUGCUGCCAUGAAGAUGCUGCAUCUGGCACAUAUCGAAAUGAGCGUGGAGGCGUGCCAAUGUCUUCUACUCACUGGCCUUUAUUUCUCUUUCCUUCAGAGACCAUUGCAAACAUGGUCCCACGUUAAUAGCGCAGCGACUCGAUGUCGGUUUUUAUUGCAAUGCACCUUCGACAACUCAGAGCGUGACGACCGUGAAAUCAUCAUCCGAGUAUUCUGGUCGUGCUUUGUACUAGAGAGCAACUACAUCUCAGAGCUACCAUCGCUCCCGCAAAACUACAAUGCGGAAAAGGAAUCCAUGAUCUCCCUCCCCGGGAAAUUCCGCACUCACGAAGACCCCGAAGAGGGCGAAAAGUCCACAUUCUACCUCCUCGCGACCAUUGCCCUCCGCCGGCUUCUCAACAGAGCCCACUACAUGAUGUACGAUCGCGAAACUGGGCUCCAAAUAUACUCCAAUCAUUUUCUUUCUGUCAACCAAGAAUUGGCUCGCCAGCUGCAAGAUUGGUACCAAACAUUACCGCCCAGUUUGCAGUUCCCACAAGAUGCGAAGCCCGCCGACGACCCAUACAGCGAAUACCUCCGACAGUGGUAUCUUAGCUGUCGGAGUGUGAUAUACCGACCGUACCUAGAAUGGGCCCUAGCUAACCCAUCGUUUGACCUCAAUAACGAUCUCCGUGUGUUGGAUGGAUGCCGCAUUGCCCUGGACACUUGCCUCUCCAAGCUGCAGCAUCUGAAACAGAUCCCGUAUACAGUGAUGGUUGACACAUGGCUGUGCUCGCUAUCGCUAGCGACCGCAGUGUUGACUCUUAUGGGUGGCUUCUGCCACCCGCAACUAAUGGCACAGCUCCGCCGAGCUGCAUUGGUAGAACUGGGCCCGCAUCUGCAUGCUCUACUGCAGCGAUGGAUACUUAUCCAUGAUUCUUCGCCUUCUCCGGGAGUUGAGAAAUCUUUAAGGCUGAUUAUGAAAGCGCAUGCAUUCUUCGAAAGUAGGAGCGUGGAAUGUGCCCCCUCUCAGGAAGAAGAGGGGCGCCCCUUCUCUUACGUUUUCUUGGGCUCUCAUGGAUGA